GUUGGGCAGUCGAAUAUAUCUUGUGGCCGGCAAAUUGACACAGCACAGCGGCAGGGGCUCGCGAGCGGUUUGCACACGGCACAUCAACGAGGGCACAAUAUGCCAGUGAGCCACAGCUUCUGGCAUGCAAAAGAAUCAAAUUCAGGCAGCGGGGAGGCAACAGGGGCGGCGGGGGGCAUCACACUGCACAGGACAGGACCGGGGCCAGUUACACGGCACACUAUCGGAAGUGGUCACCUGGUCUUCGCCAACACGGAGCCCAGGCCAACACCUAGCGUGACGAUGCCCGACCGUAGCACGCAAGCGAACGCAAAAAGGACUGUUCUGCUUUAGGACAGGUUCUGGUGUAGGACAAGUUAACUGACGUGCCCAGGCCCUCGGCAACCUGACUGUGCGGCGUGCACUGGACAGUUCCCAUUCCACACUGAAGCGCCUGGCGCCCUUCGCACCAACCCGCGAUGCUAGCUUUAUGAUGUCAUGCCAAGCCGUGGCAUGCAGGGGGCCAUUGGAGCCAGGCCGGCGCGGGCAGGUGAAGACUUGACAUGGCAGCUGCAGCAGCGGCGGCGGCAGCGCUCGGCGGCGGCAGUUGCACGCGUCGGCUCCGCCGCUGCCCCGCACCCGCGCAGCUGAUGCUCUUGCUCCUACCCCUGAUGCUCUCAACGGGAGUUUCCUCAGUCGCCACUCGCACAGCUGACGCAGGGACGCGCGGCAGCGGCGCAGGUGCGCUGCAUGCUGGCGGCUCGGCACCAGAGCACCUCAGGGAACAGCAGCAGGCCCCAAUGCAGCUCGGACGCGCACGAUCAGAGGGCACGGAGCAGGCCGGCCAGUAUGCAGCACUGCACCCGCUCACCUCUAAGAAUGUUCCAGCACGUUCUGCCUCCGAUGAAUCUAGCGCAGAGGGUGUAGAUAUUGCACGGGCGAGCACGGAGAACGAUGGCAGUGGCAGCGGAACUAGCAGCGGCAGUAGCAGCGGAAGCUCCGCUCGGCGUCUGGCGGCAACCAGGGCAGGCAGCGGAGCUGAAGGUGAAGGCGGCGAGGGUAAGCAGCAGCCCGCGCUUGUGGAUGGGACCAACCGCAGUAGCAGCAGCGCUAGCACCGCACGCCACGACGGCAUCAGCGACGACACUGGCGUGGCCGCACAACGGCUGCUGCGGCCGGCGGCUACAGCCGCCGCACCGCUGCCGAAGCCGGAGCCGCGCCCGCAGCAGCAGAACCAGGAUCCCGAUGCUAUGGAUCAUGGGGAGGCGGAUCCGAUGGUGGUGGUGGUGCCGCCGUACGAACAGUUCCGGUACGACAUCGCCAUGAGCACUGGAUCCAGGCCGCAGUACGGCGCCACCUUCUCCACGUGCCUGGUGGGCCUGAUGGCGAGCGGCGCCAUGGGGGCUGCCCGCCGCCUGCACCUGCUGCUGAGCGACGGGUCGCUGCUAGCCCGCCACUCGCUGCUGUACAACCUAGCACACAUGCCAACUGCCGUACGACUGAGCCUGUACGAUAUGGAGGGCGGGUCGCGGUCCAUGCGCGCGCGCAACGUGUUCUACCAGCUACUUCUGACCCCGGACCUUCCAGCACCUUCCGGCCCCGCCACACCUCCAACGCUGACGACCGUGGCAGACGCAGCAACUGCGGUUGUCAAAGACCGCACCCGCUCUAGCGGCAGCAGCACCACCAGCACCACCAGCACCAGUAACCAAGUCAAGGGCCCGGUAGCCGCCACCGAACCCGCCGGGCGCCGGCGAGGGGAGGAGCGCCUGCUGCAGGCGGCGGAGGCAGGGGUGAAUCCUGUUGACGGUGAUCGCGAUAUCGGUGGCGGUGGCGGUGGCGGUGAUGACUCCGACCCGCACCUGAGCAACCUGCCCACGCUGCUGCUCGAAGAUGAUGUGUGGCCCGUAGACGACUUCCCGCGCAAGCUGCAUGACGUGGUGGCCCAGGCCGCACGCCGCACCCGGGGCGGCCCCUUCGCCAUCAAGUUGUACCUCAGCACCAGCAUUCCUAGCGCUGCCGCGGCCGGCCCCGGCAGUAGCAGCCCCGGCCCCAGCAGUAGCAGCAAUGCCCGCAGCAUCCGCAGUAGCAAGUCUGCGGCCGGAGGCGCCGGCAGCAACAGGAAGAAGGGCGGCAGCAUGAAGUUCGGCACGCUACCAGAGAUAAGGCGCCUGCACGCGCUGACGUGUAGCAACGUGCAGCCCACCUCGUUUGAAGCCGUGCUCGCGGCGGGCCACGCGGCGGGCGCGCGGGCGGGGCGGCGCGACGAGCCUGGCGGCGUGGGGCGUGCCGUCAUGGUCAGCGUCAACGCCUCGAUCCCUGAGCGCUACCGCAUCAAGCCCCGCACAUACAAGUGGGGUGCGCAGGGCUUGUACCUCAGUGACGGGCGGCUGAGGCGGCGGCUUGCGGCUUGCUUCUUGCAGUACACCGACCAGAAGUAUGAACGACAGCGGCGGUACAAGGACUGGCCCCUGAAGAUGUGUCUGGGGGAACUGUCGGGCAUCUCACCCGACCAGGACAGCAACGGAAACAGCAGCAGCAGUAGCAGCGGUGGCGGCAGCAACGGCGGCGGCGGCGGUACCGGUGGCCCAGGCCGGCACCUCACCGGCAAGCGCAGCCGCGGACACAGCAGUAGCGCAGACGCCGCCAGGCCUACCUUGAACCCCAGCACCAGCACCAGCACAAACUACCUCCAGGAGUCACAGCCGCACCAGCCGCACCAGCAGCAACCGCCCCGUGCCUUCCCGCGUGUGACCGUGUUUGACAGCGGCCGCUCCCUGCUUCAGCACGUGGGCGCCGCCUCCAGCCUGUUUGGCGGCGCGGCGGACAACGGGCGCUACCACCGCGCCUGCAGCUUCCCGUUCCUGGAGAAGCUGCCCGCGGAGGACGAGCCCGGCGACUGGAUCUGACCGCGACGUGACGUGCGUGACGGCCAGUGCUGCUGCGCUGCUGGGAGUGACACCGGUGUGUGUUUGUUUGUGACGGUGGAUAUAGGGCCUGGGGGGUCGGAGGGCGGGUGGUGGGGUUGCUGGCGGGGUUGCUAGCAGGGCUGUUGCCUGCGUGCAUGCUGCUUCAGAGGAGUGAAUCUCUGAUCUCAGGCUUGGCUGGUCGCUGGGAUGGUCAAGGCAUCAAGCGCGGAACGCACGGGCGGAUGAAUGUGAGGUUGGAGGCCGCCUGUACAUUGGUGCCGGCGCGGUGCCAUAAGGUUGUGCGGCGCAAGGUGCUGCGAGGGUCCGUGCCUCAGCGAUCUGUGGUCCUGAUGGCCGCGUUAACAAAGCUCUGGCUCGUGAUGGAACAUGGCAAGGGGCAGGAAAGCGUAGUCCCG